AUGAAUGCACUCAAGUGUCCAGAGGUUGAUCCUUUCCCAGUUCCACAUGAAUGGUACCAACCAGGAGAUCUCCUUAUUGGAGGGAUGGCUUCACAGAUCAUCUAUGCCUUCAGAGAGCAUUCGUUUUAUCAGCAUCCAUUUCAGGAGUUAUAUGGAUUUUCAGAGGAAAUCAAUGAGAAUCAAGAAAUCUUGCCCAAUAUUACCCUUGGGUUCCAUAUUCACGACAGUUACUAUGAUGCAAGGAUGACUUAUCGGACCACCCUGGAUCUGCUCUUCAAAUCAGAUAGAUUUCUGCCCAACUACAAAUGUGGACUUCAGACAAAUCUCGUGGCCAUUAUUGGAGGACUUGGAUCAGAAACUUCAUCCCAUAUCGCAGAAAUUGUAGAGUUCUACAAAAUUCCUCAGCUCCCAUAUGGAUCCUUCCCCCCAAAAGAAUUUCAUAUCAGUCAUUUUUCUUCUUUUUAUUUUAUGGCACCAAAUGAAGGUCUUGUAUACAUUGGGAUUAUCCGAUUGCUUCAACAUUUUGGAUGGAAAUGGAUUGGACUCUUUGCUGUCAAAAAUGAGAGUGGAGAACACUUUUUGAAGAAGCUACAGGAGAUGCUUUCUCGGCAUGGAAUAUGUCCAGCCUUCAUAGAAAGAAUCCCCCCACUGCUUUCUUUGGAUGAAAUCCAUACAUUCAAUGAUAUACUUAAAAGUUUUUACAUACAUUUCACAGACAGUAAAGCAAACAUAUUUAUUCUCUAUGGAGAGUCUUAUACACUUAUCUGGAUGAUAUCUGCCAUAUUUUUAACUGAUCCUGAAGUUAAAUUAAAUGCAUCCCUUAGAAAGGUAUGGAUCACAACAAGUCAAGUUGACUUCAUACUAACAGCAAAUGUAAAGACCUGGAAUCUCCAAUUGUUUGAUGGGUCCAUUUCUUUUCAGACACAUUCAGGUGAAGUUCUAGCAUUCAAAGGUUUUUUGAAGUCUAUAAAACCUUUUCGGAGACAAAGAGAUGGAUUUCUAAAAGGGUUUUGGGAGCAAGCAUUUGACUGUUUCUUUUCUGAUUCAGAAACACCAACGAUGAACAUUAAAAAAUGUAGUGGGGAGGAGAAUCUGGACAGCCUCCCUGGACCUCUCUUUGAAAUGCAAAUGACAGGUCAUAGUUAUAGUGUCUAUAAUGGUAUCUAUGCUGUGGCUCAUUCUUUGCAAGCCUUACUAUCAAAAAAAUCCAGUCAGAAUAAAAUAUUGGUGAAUAAAAUCCCAGAACCUCAAGAUCUACCACCUUUUAAGCUGCACCCAUUUCUUCAACACAUUUCUUUCAACAACUCAGCAGGAGAAACAGUGUCCUUUAAUGGAAAUAUGGAAAUUGAAGGAGGAUUAGACAUCAUCAACAUAAUUACAUUUUCAAACAAAUCCACCCACAGAGUGAAAGUUGGAAGAUUAGAUCCCAAUGCUCCAGAUGGAAAUGAAUUGAUUGUUAAUGAACAUUUGAUUGUAUGGCACAAAGAUUUUAACCAGGUUCUUCCAGUUUCUCUGUGCAAUCAAUACUGUCAGCCUGGAUCUUGGAAGAGACAAUCUGAAGAGAAAAGCUUUUGCUGCUAUGAUUGUAUUCCGUGUCCACAGGGGAAGAUGUCAAGCAAGAUAGACACAGAAGAUUGUUUCAAAUGUCCUGAGGAUCAGUAUCCAAACAAAGAGCAAGAUCGAUGCCUUAACAAAACCAUGAGUUUCCUGUCCUUUGAAGAACCUUUAGAAAUCAGUCUGGCCUCAGCUGCUGUUUCCUUUUCCUUCAUGACAGUCAGCGUGCUCGGAAUUUUCCUGAAGCGUAGAGAUACCCCUAUCAUCAAGGCCAACAACCGGGACCUCACUUACACUCUUCUUAUCGCCCUUCUGCUCUGCUUUCUCUCUUCCUUGUUAUUCCUUGGUCAGCCAGGGAAAGUAACCUGCCUUCUCCGUCAACCGGCAUUCAGCAUCAUCUUCUCAGUUGCUGUUUCUUGUGUGUUAGCUAAAACUAUUACCGUGGUUGUCGCUUUCAUGGCUACUAAGCCAGGUUCUUCAAUGAGAAAAUGGGUGGGGAAAAAAUUGUCUCUUUCUGUUGUCCUUUCUUGUUCUUUUCUUCAAGCAGGUCUUUGCAUUGUGUGGCUGGCAACAUCUCCUCCAUUCCCUGAGUUAGACAUGAAUUCCCUUAGAGAAAUCAUGAUUUUGCAAUGCAAUGAAGGCUCCAUCUUCAUGUUCUAUUGUGUCCUGGGCUAUCUGGGCUUCUUGGCUAUUGCCAGUUUCACUGUGGCUUUUCUUGCUCGUAAAUUACCUGAUACCUUUAACGAAGCCAAGUUCAUCACCUUCAGCAUGUUGGUUUUCUGCAGUGUGUGGGUCUCCUUUGUUCCAACCUAUCUGAGUACUAAUGGAAAAGCCAUGGUGGCUGUGGAGAUCUUCUCCAUCUUGUCCUCCAGUGCUGGGUUAUUGGGAUGCAUCUUCUUCCCAAAAUGUUUCAUCAUUGUGCUGAAGCCAGAACUAAACACCAAGAAAGGACUAAUAAAAUGAACUUAUUGUAUCAUGUGCAUGUUAUAUUUUCCCCAAGAAUACUGAGUUUAAAUGAGAUUGCUAUAAUCUGUAAACAGUUAAUUAAAUAAUUUCAGGGGUUACUUGUUAAUG